AUGUUUCUACGGCGAUUCUGGAAGGAAUGGGACCGCGAACGGCAACUGCAAGAGGCCAGUCGAUGCCAUUCCACAGCCACAGCUCAGUCACUGCCUGUAGCGGCCUCGUCACGUAAGGUGACCGUAAUCGGUGCUGAUCUAACGGCCACAACAAGUGCAACUCUUGCCACUACUGCGGCCACUGUAACGCCCAUUUAUGCGGCACUUAGGAGGAGCAGUUUCAGUGCUACUGUUAGUGAUAAUGCUACGGUUGUUACUGCAGAUGCGACUGCAGCGAACGUUAUUAUAACAAGUACAGCAGCCACUAUUGCUGCUGAUACAGCCACUGAUAUUCCUGAUAUUGCGAACGAUAUCGAGCAUUUCCUUAUAGCAGGAGUGGCGUUCGAGGUGCGCGGUGAUGUUUUGAAUGCAAUAAUCUGUUUAAGAAGUGAAGCAUUGAGUGUUAAAGUUUGUGCCGAAUGCUUGCAAUGGCUGGCUAGAUGUUUCGAAGAAUUACUUUGA